UUAUCUGCUGGCAGCAGAAGGUUCGCUCCGAGGGGAGCUCCAGAAGCUCCCGACCAGAGAGAGAGAGAGAGAGAGAGAGAGGCAGGCAGAGGCAGCGGGAGAGAUACAGAGAGACCGAGAGAGGCAGAGAGACACACACACAGGGAAGAGCGAGAGCGCAAGUGAAGGAGGCCUGGCGAGAGGGAUGGAGAGCCUAGGAUAACGGUCUAGGGAGCCAUUCGGGGGCAAACCGAGGGGCUGCCUGGCUGCAGAAAAGAGGAAGGAGAGGAUCUACUGCAGGCUGCCAAGUGCCUACUACCCUCGGCGAGAAAGCCCAAGUGGGAGAGAAACCAGGAGUGGGUGGGCAAGGGUGGGUGUCCAAGGGAACCCCUUCGCAACCCCCUAGGAAUAAAACUCCCCUGUCGGCGCGUCCCGGGGCUGCCGCUGCGGUCCGCGGGGGGCGAAAGCCACGGCGGCGGCCGCCGCUCGUCUGUUGCCGGGUUGGCGUUUCGAGCGAGAGGAGAAGGAGCAGAAGGAGGGAGCUGGAGGCCGGACGCGUUCGCCAGCGGCGGCGGCGGCGGCAACGUGGAGUGACCGGGCGGGUCGGCGCGCCGGCCGGGGUGUCGGCCCCCGCGCGCACCUCCGGGAGCAGGAUCCUCGCCGCGGCCCCCGCGGCCCCCGCCGGACGCGGCCGAGUACCGGGCGCAGCGCGAAGCGCUCCCGCCUCCCCGCCGGGGCCGGGCUCGCUCCCAGCGCGCGCACACGGGCGCGCGCGCGCGCGCACACUCACACACACACUCACACACGUGUGCGCCCCUCCGCUCCGGAGCUGCUGCUGCUCCUGCUUUCAGCGCCGUAGUGGAAGGCAGGGCCGCGCCGCUCCUUCUUUAAAUAUAUAAAUUGGAGCCGGCCGGCCUCGGCCGCCCCCCUGACAGCGCUGCCCGCGGCCCUCCCGUCGGCGCUCCCGCUGCCAGCCCCGGGACCUUUUCAUCUCUUCCCUUUUGGCCGGAGGAGCCGAGUUCGGAUCCGCCACUCCGCACCCGAAACUGACACACUGAACUCCGUUUCCUCCUCCUAAAUUUAUUUCUGCCUAAUAGCCACUCGUCUCUUUUUUUGCCCCCAUCUCGUCGCUCCAAGAAAACUUUUGCUGACUCCCCCAAGUGAAGCUUCCCCCUUGCCCGUCGUGUAUUAAUAUUUCCACUUGGGGAACGACUUGCCUUUUCUUUUUAAAGGAAUUCAAGCAAGAUAGCUUUUUCUCUCGGACAUUGACUCCCGAUUGUUUUCAAAAGUUUCGCAUUAAAAAAAAAAUCUACCUGAUCUGUACUUUGAGAGUUGUUGGUUUCUUUUUAUUUUUCUUACUUUUUUACUUUUUAAAAAAAUUUUUUUUCCACCUUAAAAAAAAAAAUGCACUACUGUGUGCUGAGCGCUUUUCUUCUCCUGCAUCUGGUCACGGUCGCGCUCAGCCUGUCUACCUGCAGCACGCUCGACAUGGACCAGUUCAUGCGCAAGAGGAUCGAGGCGAUCCGCGGACAGAUCCUGAGCAAGCUGAAACUCACCAGCCCCCCAGAAGACUAUCCCGAACCCGAAGAGGUCCCCCCGGAGGUGAUUUCCAUCUACAACAGCACAAGGGACUUGCUCCAGGAGAAGGCGAGCCGGAGGGCGGCCGCCUGCGAGCGCGAGCGGAGCGACGAGGAGUACUACGCCAAGGAGGUUUACAAAAUAGACAUGCCGCCCUUCUUCCCCUCGGAAACUGUCUGCCCAGUUGUUACAACACCCUCUGGCUCAGUGGGCAGCUUGUGCUACAGACAGCCCCAGGUGCUCUGUGGGUACCUUGAUGCCAUCCCGCCCACUUUCUACAGACCCUACUUCAGGAUUGUCCGAUUUGACGUCUCCGCCAUGGAGAAGAAUGCUUCCAAUUUGGUGAAGGCAGAGUUCAGAGUCUUUCGUUUACAGAACCCGAAAGCCAGAGUGCCUGAACAACGGAUCGAACUGUAUCAGAUUCUCAAAUCCAAAGAUUUAACAUCUCCAACCCAGCGCUACAUCGACAGCAAAGUCGUGAAAACCAGAGCAGAAGGCGAAUGGCUCUCCUUCGAUGUCACUGAUGCUGUUCACGAAUGGCUCCACCAUAAAGACAGGAAUCUGGGAUUUAAAAUAAGUUUACACUGUCCCUGCUGCACCUUUGUACCAUCGAAUAAUUACAUCAUCCCCAACAAAAGUGAAGAACUAGAAGCGCGAUUUGCAGGUAUUGAUGGCACCUCCACAUAUACCAGUGGUGAUCAGAAAACAAUAAAGUCCACUAGGAAAAAAAACAGUGGGAAGACCCCACAUCUCCUGCUAAUGUUGUUACCCUCCUACAGACUUGAGUCACAACAGUCCAACCGGCGGAAGAAGCGUGCUUUGGAUGCAGCCUAUUGCUUUAGAAAUGUGCAGGAUAAUUGUUGCCUACGCCCACUUUACAUUGAUUUCAAGAGGGAUCUUGGGUGGAAAUGGAUACAUGAGCCUAAAGGGUACAAUGCCAACUUCUGUGCUGGAGCGUGCCCAUAUCUGUGGAGCUCAGACACUCAGCACAGUAGGGUUCUCAGCUUAUAUAAUACCAUAAAUCCAGAAGCAUCUGCUUCCCCUUGCUGCGUGUCCCAGGAUUUAGAACCGCUCACCAUUCUCUACUACAUCGGCAAAACACCCAAGAUUGAACAGCUUUCUAAUAUGAUCGUAAAGUCUUGCAAAUGCAGCUAAGAUUCUUGGAAGAGUGACAAGACGAUAAUCAAACAGUGGUGAUGAUGGUGAUAAUGAUAGUGACAAAGGCAAUGUUUGUAACAAGAAAACACGAGAGAGCCUUGCUUCAUCAGUGUUUAAAAAAAAUUUGAAAAAGCGGUACUAGUUCAAACACUUCGGAAGUUUGUGUUCUGUUUGUUAAAACUGGCAUCUGAAACAAACAAAAAAAAGUUGAAGGCUUUAUUCUAUAUUUUACCUACUCUGUAAGUGAGAGAGACAAGAAGCAAAACCUUUUUUUCUUGAGAAAAAAAAAUAAACACUGGAAGAAUUUGUUAGUGUUAAUUAUGUGAAAGAAAAAAAAAAACAGGAAAAUCCCGUUAAGUGGAGUUGCUGUACAUACGUUUUUAUCCCAUGCCUCACUUGAUUUUUCUGUAUUGCUAUGCAAUAGGCAUCCUUCCAUUCUUACUCUUAGAGUUAACAGUGAGUUAUUUAUUGUGUGUUACUAUAUAAUGAACAUUUCAUUGCCCUUGGAAAAUAAAACAGGUGUAUAAAGUGGAGACCAAAUACUUUGCCAGAAACUCAUGGAUGGCUUAAGGAACUUGAACUCAAACGAGCCAGCAAAAAAAAGAGGUCAUAUUAACGGGAUGAAAAAUGCAAGUGACAUAUUAUAUGACCGAGCAAGUCUGCAUGAAGAAAAGACCCUGCAAACACAUGAUCUCUACCAACUGCCGGAGGAAGCUUCUUGUGAGGUUCAAAACUGAAAAGCCUGUUAAUAAAGGAAACUUUCGGUCAGAAUAAGUAUGUAAGAUUUUUUUUUUUCCUUUUUAAUUGUAAAUGGUUCUUUGUCAGUUUAGUCAACCAGUGAAAUGUUGAAAUGUUUUGAUAUAUACUGGUCAAACUUCAGACCUUAAAGUAUUGCUGUAUAGCUAUGCUCUAGAUUUUUCCUUCAUUUCGGUGUAUGUAACCAUACCUAUAUUACUACAAUAGAUGGGUAUAGAAGCCAGUAUAAUUGGAAACACAUCUGCAGAUCUCUUUUGCAAACGAUGAAAUCAAAACAUUAACUACUUUAUGUGUAAUGUAUAAAUUUUUACCAUAUUUUUAAUGUUCUGUAAUAAUGUCAACUCUGAUUUAGAUUGGACUUAAUUUGGGCGCUUUCUAAUGAUCGUUCGGAAUCGUGUGUUUCCUUUAGCUGGCCAGUACUUUUGAGUAAAGCCCCUGUAUUUUGACUUGCACUACAAAUACAUGUUUGAUAGUAUUUGUUCCACCUGUGCUUUUGCAUUGUCCAUUAUUAGGACAUAAGCUACCUGAGUCCACUUGUCCUUUUUUUUUUCUUUUAUAAAAAGACGUAGUUUUCCUUCAUUUUCUAAGCAUCAUUACUAAUCAGUUCAGACAUUAACAAUCUUCAAUUUUAGGGAAAUUGGGGAUUAUAGAUACAUAGAUAAUUGAGGUGAAAUGCUUUAGCUUUAGCAAGGGCUUAAGGAUCUGACUGGAACUCAGAAUCUUGGUGACUGGGUUAAGAAAGGUUUCUCUAACUUGGUUUAAUCAGUAUUUUCACAGAAUUCUACUGUUAUAAAAGAGCAGACAGUUCUUAGGAAACAACUUUUUCUUUAAUUGAGUUUUUAGUGUUCAGGGAGAAAUGGAAAGAUUUACAUUUUAGUUGAUUUUUUUUUUUUUUAAGGAAGAAAAAAAGCCCAGGUCAGCAUAAGUCAUUUAGUUUAUUUCACUGAAGUUAAGGUUUUUAUAGAUGUUCUUUGAAGGUUGAAAAGGCACUAGGCAAAUUCUCCCAUGAUCAAAAAAUCCUUUCUUUCCUCUGAAUGAGAGUUAUCAAAUCAGAGGUUAGAAUUUACCUUGCUGAAAUACAUGAUUUGCCACAUUUUUGCAGAGGAGGUAACCUUAUGUCAGGGGUUGUAGGAUAUGUCAGUUUGUCAGUUGUCUCUUAUUUAGCUUUAGGAUAACAAUUAAUAGUAAGUCAAUGGAAUAUUUGCAGUUUUACCUAAAGAGCAGCACAAUGAGGUGUGAAUCCAGCGUGAAGUUGUUUGUUUGAUGUAGUGUACUUCUUUUUUGGAAUUUCCUGACCAUUAUUAAAAUGACAAAUUGGAUUUGUUUGAAAACUGGAAAAGCAAGAGAUAGGAUGCCACAAUACCAAACAACCCUUGGGUUGGAUGUAACCCAAUCCCAGAUUGGAGUGUGUUGAUUUUUUUUUUU